GCAGGGCGCUUUGCGAACUGUCCGCGCUGCUGCAGCGUCGUCAGCACCAUGGGCACCACCACCACAGCUCAUGAAGAUGAGCCCACACGCUUUGAGCGUACGUCCGCUGCACUACCAGGAUCGUCGAAGGAUGAGUUUGGCGCCGCUGAAGCGACAGAUCAAACACGUCCACGACCAUCGCCUGCCCAUUGCCACAUCCAACGGGUUCACGCGUAUUCCUGUGGGAUCACGCACUCGGCAACGUUCUCGUGGUGCGAUGUUGACCUUGUUCCCUGGACUUUUUGAAGCUCCGAACGUUCUUGUCGAGGUUCACAGCAAUCCCAUGGAUAUCAUGGGGCCUGCAUCGCAGUCCAUAGUGGUGCGAUUCCUCCCUAAGCGAUAUGAACGUGGUCAAUAGUCUUACUGAUAUCGAGUAGAGCCAAGCAGGCGCUUCGCACAUCCAUGUUCGCCAAGAUGGAGUGACCGAGGUAAGUGCUACCCGUUGAUUCGUGGAUUCAUUAUUUUGCAUUAUGUCAAGAUGGUAUGCAACUCCGCCGACGUCGACGCGCUGCGCUCGGCGGUAGCUUCGUUGGGCAUUCCACACAUACAUGUGAAGCAAGACUGUUCUCCAUUGAGGUUGUCUCGUAACGCGCGGAACGCGGUCGCUGCAGCGUACGAGUACUUGCAAAUCGGUGCCGUCGUCGUGUCUCCCUACUUGCUGACGUCGCUGAAGUGUCUGGACGACCAUGGAGGCAAUGCAGUGGUAGCAGGGAGCGUCAUGGCGACGUGGGCGGCGUCGCUCGUGGCGGGUUCGAUGGUUCCGACACGAACUAGCUCUCCAAGGCUGGUGCUGAUUGCCGCGACGGCUCCGUUGGGGCUCACUGCGCUUGUGAAUCAGCGCCACCAAAGCAAGAUUAUGAUGGAAUCCAGUAUUCUACUCGACGCCACGACUACGACCAAGCGCUAUGCGUUCAAGACCAAAGUGUCCGCGUUAGCUGCCGUCGUUGCCACAUGUAUGGUGGUGUCGUUUGUCGUUGUACACAAGGUGUACCUUCCGGCAUUGGCCACGACGACUGGAAACGUCGUCGCAUCGUCGUAUGCACGAGUCCCUGCCUUGGCGGACCCAGAAACGUCGGCGGUAGCGUUUUCCUUCUUGGCCAUUGGAGAUUGGGGAGGCACAUUGGGCAAAACAAAGGGCAUUCCUGGCACUUGUUGCAAGCUGAGCCAUCGACUUGACGAAUCCCCGUUCAAAGUCGACUCUUUCGCCCAAGAAUAUGUGGCGGCGCUGCUGGCCAUCCACGGCGACAACUUCUACUGGAGUGGUGUGGGCACGGCCGACGUACAGUACCGACUGGAGCAGUCGUUUGAAAACGUGUACAGCGCGCCGAGUCUGCGGGCCAUUCCAUGGCUCAACGUGGCCGGCAACCACGACCUCGGCGGCAAUUCUUUCAUUUGUGGGGACGCCGAUGGACACUUCCGAGAAUGUUCUGUGGACGAAUUAGUAGAAUUCUUGGACAUUCGGUUCCAAGCCCAGGCCAAGUACACGAGUCCCCAUCACAACCGAUGGGUGCUAAGAGACCACUACUACGUCGAGCGUGUGGCCAGGGACGGUGUCAGCGUAGACAUCUUCAACUUGGACACGAAUCACGCGGUACAACACGGCGUCCAGGACGUUUGCUGUCAAUGCUUUGGCUACGAGGCCAAGUUUGGACUCAACCAAACUGAAGUGUGCGACGAUGUUAUGGCUGGCGAUCUUGGCUGCGCCGGCGGCAAUCGCGAGAUGCUGGAUGCCUGUGUGGACAAGAUUGAAGCGUGGGCAAAGGAUUCUUAUGCGUGA